AACCAGCUACACUGAUUGAAAGUUCUUGGAGCGCUUAUCUACUCGUGUACAGGAAAUCACAUGCAGAUCGUGAGAACCAUGGAACCAACCACGUUCACGGUUCACUCAGAGAGGAUGGGGUUACAGAGGCUGGAGAGUAUUCAUCAUCGAUAGAAGAGGAUAAUGUUGUGGAGAAAAUGGAACAGAAUGAUGUAGUGAGAAGGGUAGAUAAGGACAGAGAGGGUGUUGGGGUAAACGGAGAAACGCAUCUUGGUGAGACAAAGACAAGUCUGACCAAGUACGGAGAGUCUUCCAGCUCUACAAACAGGUGCGAGACCAUCCCAUCACAUCCUUCUUACAUCCCUCAAGAGUUCAAUGAAAUCAGAAGGAAGGCGAUGCAAAGAAGAAAGGACGAAAAGAAUGGCAAGUACAGCCAGGUCCUUGCUAACGGUCUGGACAACAAGCUGAGAGAGGUUCUUGAGAGGCAGAAGAAGAACAGGGCUCACUGUGGUUUUAGGCGCUUCUGGGGUGUGCGUGUCAAGCACACCAAGACCAUUGGUCGCAGGGUUGGUAUGUCUAAGAAGAAGUCAACUAUCUCCCUGCUAUGUGUCAAUAAAUGCCACAGUUCACACAAAAGAACGGUGCAGGAAGAAUUAAAAGAGAAGUGUAGAUGAGAUGGAGCUUUUGGGUAAAGACAAGAAAAUAAGAAACGGGAACUUCAGGGAAUGAGAAUAAAGAAGGAAUGGAAAAGAAGAAGUGAGAUGGAUACAUUUGAAGUUUCUGUUUGGUCCAAUUUGAAAACGGAAAAAGAUGGAAUAUAAUCAGACUUUGGGAACAAUUCUGUCUUUAACCCUGAGUAAAUUUUGUAUAUAUGUUUAACAACAAACUUUAACUGAAGUCCGGUUAUUAGCAUCUUUAUGUUCAACAUCGUUCAUCAUUUUACUCAGAUUACUUUCUGGGACAAGUUUUUACAAAGUACUGUAUAUUAAAGAUGCUUUGUAUGUAGAGAAGAACUUAGUCGUCAUCUUGAUUCUUGAAAUACUUCACAAGAAGUUUAGAGAUCAUCCUUGGUCUGACAUUAAAAAAUGCAAAACAUCAUCUUACAUUUUAGUAGACACUUUUUUUAUUUUGUACCCCCUUUUUUUUCUCCCAAUUUCAAUUACGAGCUUGUCUCAUCGAUGCAACUCCCCAACCGGCUCUGGAGAGGCGAAGGUGGAGUCAUGACGCGUCUAACCGUGCUCCUUAACACCCG